GAUUCUUAUACCGAAAUCGACCGUCCUUACACUUUUCACGUUUUUCUCGGUGGAGCCGCGAAUGUCGCAUCCGUCGCAUCAUGCAUGCAGGGCAUAUGCAGGUCGUGCGCAUGAUCGCUAGUCGCGACAUCGCGACUGUAUCAAGCAGUACAAUGUGCCUGUCUAUGUAAGAUUGGUAGAAGAUCAAUUUGAAUUGUAUCAUAUUAUUGACGAUUCGAAUCCCUUGAUUCAUGGGAACAAGUGGUCAGUUUUAUUCGUUAUUAUGGGUACAUAAGUGCCCAAAAUAAUGUGUUGGUUUUAUAAUUGCUUAUCAUGUUGCGAUAAUCCUGCUCCCUAUAACCUUCAUCUGGUGCGACCGUCAGUCCCGACUCCAGCAUCAGUCAUUCCCUUGCGCACUACUCCAAUGAGUGAAGUGUACUCUAAACACUAGAAUUGCGAUGAAGAAUCAAAUCACCUUGAAUAAAAGGGUUGAUUGAUUUUAACGAUUCUCUCAAUAUGAGUAACGAUCCAAACGAAUCCGAAAUGCCGUACGACAGUUGUGAAGAUAUCGGGACUCCAUUGAAUGUUCAGCUUUGUGCUAAGUAUAAAAGAAGCUUUGCAUAUGUUACCAUGAAGGACAGAUUACCUAUUAUUCUGACACAAGUAAUUGAUCAUAUGUCAAGGGAGAAAGAAAACAUUGUAAAUGAGUAUGGAAAGGAAGCACUAGAAGAAUUGAAAAUUGCUAUUGGAAAAAUAUCAAAGUUGAAGAAUGAACUUCAGACAAAUAAACCUCUGAUACUGCUGGAGGGAAAUGCUUCAGAUGUUACAAUUUGGAAUGCUUUCCUAAAACAACUAAAGGAUGAAGAAGGAAAUGAUCCUCGUUGGUUUCAUAGUGCAUGGCUAGCUACUGAAUGUUACAUGUAUCGCCGAUUGCGAGAAGCAUUUGAAUUGACGGACACUUUAACAUCCUUUGAUCCAUUUCGAAGUAAGAAGCAAGCAGCACUUCUGGACUCUUUAGGCACCAUUAACGUACUUUGCACGUAUGUCAAAAGAUUGGUGGAACAGCAAAAUUGUCACUGUUCGACAGAUAUUAAAAAUGAAUUUAUGAAAUUACUUUAUGUGGAUUUGUGGGGGAAUCGGUGCGAUCUAUCUCUUUCUGGAGGAGAAAAGGUGUUAAUGGAAGAAGAUCCUCUCCAGAAAAUUGGACAACUAUCCGAAUAUAUAUUAAUAGAUGAGGCUGAAAAAGUAUGGAAUACAUUGGCAGUGAAUAGGGAGAAAUCAGAUGUUAUUGUUGAUAUGGUGUUAGAUAAUGCAGGAUAUGAACUUUACACAGAUCUAUGUCUUGCUGACUUAUUGGUUACCUUCUCCUUAGCAUCACAAGUUCGUUUUCGAGCCAAGGUUCUUCCAUGGUAUGUGUCAGAUGUGUGUAUACCUGAUUUUCAGUGGGCAUUGCAAAUUCUAUCCAAUUCAGAAAACUCUGAGGUCUCUGCUUUGGCUAAUCGUUGGUUAGGACAUAUGAAGUCUGGAAAAUGGGUGCUGUGUGCAGAUGAAUUUUGGACAUUGCCUCAUGUGUUUAAUCAGAUGCAAAAUGUAGAUCCGACUUUAUAUCAAGAACUAUCUAAUGCUGUUCUAAUGAUUAUUAAAGGAGAUCUUAAUUAUCGCAAGUUGACUGGUGAUAUAAAUUGGGAGCCUACUAAACCUUUUUCAGAAGCAUUGUCUGAAUUUCGACCCACAAAUAUUGCAGCGCUUAGAACACUUAAAGCAGAUACAAUCUGUGGCUUGUUAGCUGGUCAAGCAGAGGACACUGCAGCUAAGAGCUCAGAAUGGCUUAUUUCAGGGCAGUAUGCAGUAGUACAGUACAGUUCAUUAUGACUACUAACAAAAGUGUUGAUAAAAUUAUAUUUUAUUGUGAUUAUGAGAAGAAUGUAACUAUGAAGUUACAAGUUUUGCAAGAUCUCACCUAAGUAAUACUACAGAUUUGUCAAUUGUUAUGACAUUAUUUUCCUUGUCCUAAUACAAAUUAUGCUUCUAAAACAAAUUAGUGCUGCAAUAAUUUGGACAUCUCAUAAAAUUGUGCAUGUGUUGAAACAACCAUAGGUUUUAGGACAUUUGUUUAAAAUAUAUCGUAUGCACAUGAAUUGAGUACUGUAUAAGAAAAGUAAUUUUAUUUUCUGUAUUUGUUAUGGGGUUUUAAUGUUUGAUGGUGCCAUGAAUAAUUAUGAUUAUCACUGAAGAUUUUUCAAAUUUUCUUUUAAUUUUAAUUUAUUAGAUGUAAGUUUUGCUUUGAAAAAUUAUUGUUACCAUUGAUGUUACAAUCUUUAUGAAAUAAAAAAAAUGUUAUUUACCUUUACUUCAAUAAAUGUUAAAAAAUAAUUCCCAUAUGAAAAGAAAAUGAGACCCCAUGGUACUAAAGAAUCUCAAUGUUAUACAUCUUAAAAGUGUAUUGAGUGAUUAUUUAGUGUACCUUCAAUGAAUUUUCAGUUGCUUAUCAGAAAAAUUAAUUUUGGGGCAGCGGCGGGUCGUGAUAAUUCAACUAGGGUGUGCAAUGUCUCUUUUCUCCCCCACUCUCCUUCACUCACACACUCCCCUUCACUCACACUCGCAAAUAAAAAUUAAACACGAUACUUCUUAUGAACUCUGAAAGCAUGCCGAACAGUACAUUUCAUCAGCAGUGAGGGUUGGCCGCAUUUCUUUUCAAAACAUCCCUCUGAAAUAUUUACGACUAGGGUCGGGUUACCCCGUGGCGAGUCAGCACAUCCCAGAACAUUUUCCAGGGUUGUCAAGAGUUCUAUUGUACAUCGAUACAACAUUUUUACUCGCACUUUUACUAAAGAAAAUUUUCCAUAAGCUCACUGCAAAUUUAAGGCUAAAAGUACCAAUUCCUAUACCCAAACUGCACAAAAGACUUCUCAAUUGAUAGCAAAGCUAAUGCAGAAGGUGUCCUGUGACAUGGUGCUGCGUGGGAAGGUCUUUAUGCAAUUCAGUUUAAAAAAAAUAUAUUUCCACAUCACUAGUAGUCAUAGGAAUUGUAAUAAGUACUUUGAGAUGCUUAAAAGUCACUAAAAGACUGGGCCGAUUGCAUAAACGUUCGAUAUGGAAUCCGUAAGCGUAUUGGUUGUAUAAAAUAGUUCAUAGCGACAAAACAUGUUUCUAGAACAAACAAUAAGACUUAUGGAACCUAUAAGGCUUUCUAUAACUUAUAAGUCCUGAAACGGGUCUACAAAUGCUUAUGGAUUCAACAAAUAAGCAACAUGACUCAGUGCUCUGCUGCAGCUGUUUGAGGUUAUUGGCGGUAUCUGGCAUCCGUGUAUUGUUUUGGUAGCUUUUACGAAUUUUAUUUGGUGUAUUGAAUAUCAGUGAAUUCAAUUUUCAUAAAUUAUUUUUGCGUGUAUUGUGACGAGAAGUAUGGAUUAUAUUUGGUUAAGAAAAUAUCUUA